AUGUCGAGCGACGUCCCGGCACCGCUAGUCCGUAUGGCUGCUGAUGAAAAGGUGGACGGUAAGGAGAAUAUCGACACGAACGGUAAUAUUCAGGAUGCCAGAAAUGAGGACAAAGGAGAAAACAAUAGCACUAAAGGACUUCGUCGUUCACGCAUUGUCGAUGACGAACGUCGUAUGGCUUGGGAAAUAGAACAGGCAAAAAAGCCCAUUCUCGAAAAAGGAGUAAAGGGUAGAGUCAAGUGGUACAGUGUCCGCUUUCAUUACGGAUUUAUCGCACGUGAUGAUGGCAAGGGGAACGACACAGCUAUUGCAAAAUCGCGAAUCAUUAAGUAUUACCUGCGUACUCUAGGGGAUGGUGAAGAAGUUCUUUUCGACAUAGUUGAAGGAAAGCGAGGACCUGAAGCCGCUAAUGUUACUGGACCAAAUGGUGCUGAGGUUCGUGGUAGCAAAUACCACAACUUUCAGUUCUACAGUUUUCGUCGUCGCAUAGCAUAUAUUCGUGAAAAAGUAGCUCAUCAAGAAAAUGACAAAUAUCGUCGUGAUGAACAGAACCGCAAAACAAACGAAAAACGAGAGGAUGACAAUGCAGAUCUGAAGAAACUAGGUCCUGGAAACCAUCGACGUUUUCGUCAUUUUAAAGCUCGUCAUCCGCCUUUUACUACGAAGAAAUCUAAUGGUUAUGGAGAUUAUGGUAAAGGUGAGGGUGGCGGCGGGGAUUCGAAGAAGAGAAACAAUCAUAGCAAUAUGAGAAAUGGCGCUCAUAGUGAAGGUCGUGGAGAUGUUCGUCAGUCAACACGCAAGAAUGAUGCAACACGUCAUCGCUCAACAGCUACUACUGAUGCAGGUCAAUCUGAGACGGAAGCCGUGGAGAAGGAAGUUAAGAAUGCUAAUGCUGCUGUAGGAGGUCAAUAA